ACCAGGCUGCAUUAACAUCUGAGUCAUGAAAGCCAAGUUGGACAUCUUAGCCCUGGUCCUGGGCUUCAUCGGCCUGGUUGGGACAGUUACCAUCACCGCCCUGCCCACGUGGAGAGUCUCUGCCUUCAUCGGUGCUAAUAUUGUUGUAAUGGAGGACCUCUGGGAAGGGUUGUGGAUGAACUGCUGGAGACAGGCUAACAUCAGGAUGCAGUGCAAGAUGUAUGAAUCCAUGCUGAUUCUCCCGCCAGAGCUGCAGGCGGCCAGGGGGCUCACGUGCGUCUCCAUAAUUCUGGUCGUCCUCGCCUUGUUGAUCACGGGAUUUGGGUCCAGGAAGAGCAACUGCUGCGAUGACAACAUCAGAUCAAAGAACACCAUCCUCGCCUUAGGGGGGUGUUUGUAUCUGCUGUCCUUUUUGACCACCAUCAUCCCCGUCAGCUGGGUGGGCUCCACCGUCAUCAGCAACUUCUAUAACCCGCUGGUGUUGGAGGGACGCAAGCGGGAGCUGGGGAGCGCCCUCUUCAUCGGCUGGGCCACAUCUGGCAUCCUGCUCAUCACUGGGAUCAUCGUUCUGUUCAGUUACAACAAACAUCGAGCAAAGGACGAAGACCCCUACUACACUGGUACACCUCUGGUGCCACUGAGGAAUCCAUCCCAAUACGGGAGCGACUACCUAAAGAGGACGCCAUCCACCUCUCAUAAGAAUCACCAAUAUGUGUGAAGAACUGUACUGCAUUGCCAUCUCCGUUUUUUUCAUGUCUCUAACGUUCAAAAUUAUUUUUAGUAUGUAGCUUUGCAGUUUCAUAAAACCAAAAUUGGGCUGUUUUUGUAAAGGGAAAACUGUUUUUUUGCUCUUGGUUCAAACCAAAAUCAUUAUACAACUGCACAGUUGCAAGAAAAU